CGGGAACGAACUGGUGACGUCGCACGAAGAGGGCGGAUGCGCUUCGCUUUCAACAUCUCCUUUCCCUCUCUGAGCUGGAUUGGUGGUGGUAAAGUCCCGGGAGUUGUCCUGGUUUAUCCUUAGGAUUUCUGUGUGAAAACCGGUCCGACUGUGAGAUUAUUUUGCAUGCUGUCUAAAGUGGUGGUUGUGGCUGACGAGUGUUCCUGCGUGGAGGUGCCGUUUGCCGUAGGUUUCUUGACUUAAGAGCCUGAAAUCCCGAUGUCAAGGUUUGUGCCUUUACAGGUACAAUGCAACAGGUCUGGGGGUCCACUAAGGGCGUGCAGCUAAGAACAGCACAGAGAUGGGAUCGGUUUGUUAUUUUGUUUUACCUGGGAUUGACACAGUGCUGGUUUUAAAUAACUUGGAUACGCCAGGAAUGGUUUAAGUAUUGUAAAGCGAACGACAGUCUUUUCGUUACCUUCGACGUCGCCUGUUUUUGUGCAGUUUAAACCGUUGGACUAAAGGAGUACCUUUCACGUUACCGCCCAGGUUAGAAUCAAAACCGCUGGAUGACCUUGUGUUGUACAGAUGUAUACGUAUCUUUGCAAAUAAGCUGCUGGACCAACUAAGGGGUUACAAAGAAUGUCUAGAAAAGGUUCAGAGGCGCUGAUACGAACAGGUGUAGAAACUCCCCGCAACACAGAGGAUUUGGGAAAGGAAAGUAUUUCUACAGCUGCUCCCAAAAUUAAGAAGUCUAAGUCAAGUACUCUUCGUAGGGCCUUCAGCUGGUUAAGGGGAAAGAGGAAGAAGAAAAAGAAGAAUGAAGAUGUAGUUUCCAAGGGGGGAGAGAAAAAAUCCAAAUCUGAGCUGAAGACUGGAAAGUCAAAAUCAAAAGGAGGUGCACCUAAGCAUGAAGAUGAAAACAAAUUAUCUGUACACUACAAUGCCUCUCAACACCAGCAGGAGAAUGUGUUUUUUCCAGCCACCAGACAACCGUAUCUUGAGGAUUUGCACCUUGAAGCACAAGAAGGGCUUUUGUCAUUACAGCAGCAAGAGAAACAGAAGCUUGUCCGGCAUGGUAUUGAUGUCCCUGAUGAUACAAGUGUGCAGUCUUCUCAGGUGGAUGCUGAAAUGGAAUUUCGUGGCAGGUCACAGUCCUUUGUUGCUGAGAACACAGUAGAAGACAGCCUUGCAAUCCGAUCUGAGAUGAUUCAGAGGAGAGGCUCUACCUUCAAGCCCCAUGCCAAUGCUAGAAAGGCAGGAAACAAGCCAGAACGUGAGAGGAAACCCAGGAGAACCACUAUUGUAGGCAUACCACAGCAUGUGGCGAAAGAAUUAGGGUUUAACAAGGUCCAACAUGCAAAGGGUCAUGAGGAGAUGCAAAUGAAGCCUGAAUACAGUGACAGCAUUAGUCUUGUGGGAUUGCCAUCGCAGCAAAACAUUGAGAGUAAUCAUACUGGGGAUACUGUUCACAUACCAACAGUUAAUGGUGCAGUACAAGAAAACAGCCUGCAAGGUCCAGGGGUACGGGUCUCCCUUCAAAAUAUUGAUGCUCAUCAGCCUUUAGUAAGUAGUGAGUCAGAGGCUAAUCUCCAGAAGCACAUUCAAAAGGUAUACUAUGAUGAUUUACACUUGGGAUGGAGGACUGCAGCAAAGAUGUCACCACAGCUGAGACCAAAAUCCUUGGCUGUUCCAGGAAUGACUACAGGUAAUUUUCAUAAUGAUCGCCCGAGUCCUGUGAUGCUGAUAUCUCCUCAGGCCACAUACUUGUCCAAAAUAGUUCCCAAUGCUGUUCUGCCUGCAUCAGUGGACUUAGUAGCAAUAAGCAGGAACAGUGUCCGAACACUUAGCCGGGCCAGCUUAGUAGCACCAAGCCCAGCUUCUGUCCGAUCUUGCAUUCAGUUUUCCAUUCAAAACUAUGACAGCAGACACCAUUCCUCAUCAAGUGAAAAUUGGAGCCAUUCUCAGUCCACAGAAACAAUUGUUUCAAACUCCUCAACGAUCUCAUCCAAAGGCAGUCACGGAGGAGUUUUCUGUAAAAAUGGAGUCACUGUGGAGAACAAUCAGAAAUCAUACAAUGAAUUUCAAAAGCCUCUUAUGGAUCAGUUGAAAGUCACUAACACUGCUCAGAAUUCUCAUGGAUUUUUUUUAGCUAAUCAGACAGGGAGCAAUAGCAUUAAUACAGACUUGUCCCCAGCAUGUAGUGUAAGUAGUGUAGCCGAUACUUCGGAUACGGCUAGCAUAAAGAGUGGCAGGUCUUUCAGAAAUCUAUCAGUCAGAAAGGUGAAAAAAGUACCUGCCCCACCAAAAAGAACUUACUCUCUGCAUCAGCAAGAAACUAAUGUGAAAGAGCACAAGACUUUGAAAAAAGAUGUCAUUGUCCCUGUUGAUGGCCUGGGUCCUUCAGCCGAUGAUGCCUUGUCACCCAACUCUCUCAGUGAAACUAGUAGUGUGCAGUCAGAAAGUCUCACAUAUUCUGCAGAUUACAGUUCUUCAGAUGUUUCAAGAUGCUCAGAGAGCCCACUUGUGAGAAAUCAGCUGGUUAAGAAAGAUUUGAAUUUUAAAGGGCAACAACUUCCUCAUGAUUUCUCACCACAAAAGUUAAAUGGUACUGACAAAUUUGAUAGGACAAUGUCACCAUCAAGUGGUUACUCAAGUCAGAGUGGGACCCCUACUCUGUCAACUAAAGGGUUAAUUUCUUAUCCUCCUUCUCCUGGGAAAAAAAGGGCCCUACCUACAAAGCCAGAGAGGACUUGUUCUCUUCAGUCUCCUGCUGUGUCUGUGUCAUCAUCCUUAACCUCCUUAUCAUCUGCUGCUUCUGAUCCAGUUCCUGCAGAGCAGAUGACAACAAGCAUGGAUGCACCCAUCACUUCGGAAGUCACAACUGUAAUGACUACUACUGUGUCAGUAACUGCCAUGUCAAACAGUACUGAAAAUGAUGCAAUUCCACCUCAUCCCAAAGUUUCUGCACCUCAGUCUCCCCCACCUCCAGAAGUCCGGGACAAAGCCACAUCUAUGCUUACUGUCAUCAAUGCGUCCAUGUCACGGAAGCCUUCUAUGUCUAAAAGAAUAAAAGAAAAGCUAGCAGCAGUAUCUGCGUCAGCUUCCCCUCCUCCAUCACCACCACCUUCUCAUCAGCCUCCACCACCACCUGUGAAAAAUGUAAUCUCUGUCUCAGAAGCAGCUGUCGUGCCUUCAUCUUUGCUACCAUCACCCUGUGUUUCUUCUGAGGUUGCUCAAAUCCCUAAGGUAGAACCCAGUUGGCCAUUGCCACCACCUCCUGCUUUAGAAGAGCUAGUGACAUCCAAAGAAAGGCUUCCUACAUCAGGUGAGAUGGACUUUUCAUCAGUUAAUGCUGAGGCAAAAACAGUUGUAGACAAUGUGACUCACCCCACUACUGACAAGAAUUCUUUAGAGAUUCCCCCUCAAGAAGAUUCUGUUGCAUCACAGCCUGCUAUUCCUACUCCUCCACCACCACCUCCUCUUCCUUCUAUGCUUCAACCAAUUUGCUCUGAUUCAAAUCAUGUAAAAAAUAUUUCUGCAUCCUUGCUUCCAAAAACAUAUUUGCCAGUGCCUUUUACUAAGAUACCUGAACAGAAGCAACUGGAGAUGCAAGUGCCAGAACCAGGUCCACCUCCUGCUCCAUCUCCACCACCUCCCCCUUUCCUUAAAACUAGUGGACAACUGCAAAGAAGCUUCCAAAAACGAGCUAGCACAAGCAGUAAUACUGGUACAAAAGAACAAGUUCCUCGGAGCAAAAGCAUGCUGCCGGCAAAAGAGGAUGCCAGUUUACCAAUUGUUACUCCAUCCCUGCUCCAGAUGGUAAGGCUACGUUCUGUGAAUGUAAAUAAUCAUGGCUCCGAAAACACUGGAAAGAAACUGGAUGACCAAAGCCAACAAAAUGGUGAAGAGAAUGAUUCACAGAACUCUGCAGUACCACAAAAGCCUUUGCGCAAAUCACUUUCUCUUAGAGUUUCAACCUCAUCUGACCCAGUGCCCUCGAUGCAGCUUCAGAAUGCUGUUCGUUUAAAAACUUCAUCUUUGCCCUAUAAAAACUUUCCUGGGCCAUUGUCCCCCAAACCAUUUGAUAAAGAUAAAUUUGCCAAGUCCUCAAUCCCUGCUGGUACAGGGUCACCAACAAAUGCAUCUCCAGUCACAGAGAGUUCAUCUCCAAAGCUGAAUGAAGAAGGCAAUAUGUAUAAAUCAUCUGCACAAACUGCUAGUUUCAUUUUUGCCAAGAGUCCAAGAAAAGUUGUAUUUGAAACCCCAAGUUCACCAGAAGCACAAUCUGAACUGAAGAAGAAUCUAGUUGCUGAACUGAUGACUGUAUCUGGGCAAAGGAACACCGCCCCUGGACCUAUAGCUCUUCCUAACCAACAGAGCACUGAGACCAAUAGCAAGCCACCAAUACAGAAGAAACCAACCAAAGCACCGCCACCUGUGGCUCGAAAGCCUGUCCAUUUGCCAAGCACUCUGCAGCCACAGUUAAAAUCUCCUGUUAGCCCACAUCCAGACAGUCCAAAUCAGCCCCUUUCACCAAAUAACACAGCUGAACAUUCCACAAAUGAACAGAACAGAACUAACACAGGGUUAACAGAUGAUCAUACUAAGACCAUGCAUUCAUUGGGUCAAGAAACACAAACUUCUCAAACCAAAGCUAAUGAAGAAACGGGGAACACGGCGAAGCCUCCAUCAUGAAUACUAACAAGUGUUGUAAUGAUAUUGUUUGGGACCUUUGUAGGUCAAUAAAGAAAGGAAAGCAUGGAAAGAGAUUGCUUCAAAGUGAUGGAUAUCCUGUUCUGGAACUCACAUCAACAAAAGCCUUAGCCUGAAAUGGCCUUAUUUAUGCAAAAAUGACAAAUAGAAAAUUAAUGGUGUUGGUCUGCUUCUUUUAUUAUUUAACUUUUAUCUUGCAUAUUACAUUGCUGAAAACUGCAGCAUGGGAUGGAUUCUGCAGCACCAUAAUGGGCAAAUGUUCCCCAGUUCUGUGAGUUACCUUUGAUGCCUUAUGGGGGGAGCCUUCUGUACCAACUGCUGGGAAAAGGGGAUGCACAUGAGUGGCAUUGAAAACCGAAUGUACUCCAUGUACAGGAUCUUCAUUCAUUCUUAGUGUUUUGGAGUACGAGGUUAAAAUAUUACCUGUACUAAUACAUGUCCUUUUGCUAGAAACCAGGCCCCACUUCAAGUCAUUAGAAGACAGUAUUCCUGAAAUAUGUUCAACAUUUACUUCAUUUUACUUACUGAUUCUUCUGGCAAGGCAUAGACUGCACAAUACGUCACACUUGGUGUACACAAGUUUCCUCCUUUGCAGGUUUAUACUCAUGCUUUUUUAGUGAGCCUUCUAAAGAUUUUUUUUCGACGAGGCUCAGUGUGAGAUGAACCUUGGUAGAUAAAUAAUGACAUUUUGGUAAAACAGGAAGAGUUUAUUUUCUUAAAUGUCUCUGUCACUAGUUUGUCAAGUGUAGGUAAAGGUGUGUGUGCCCAUACACAGAAACACACACAUAUAGAGAGAGGAAGAAAGAAAUGUAUGUAUACAUGCACACAUUUAUAUACACACAGGGGUCAUAAUAAUAAACCAUUUCCAUCCUUCCACUGAUUAAGGUGGUUCUGAAAGAGUAUGUGACCUCGGGAGAUAGGUACUUAGAAUGUAAAAAGAAAAACAUUGUGUAGUUUCUGCUGGCCAGAAGACGACGAUCAGGGUCUGCCAGUGUCCUGAUAAGUCUGUAAGCCUAUUGUCUAAUAAAUUAGACAAAUUCUUCUCAUUUGUGGUGGAGGUAACCAGACCUAGACAGUGGGCAAAGCUUGUUUUCAUUUAUGAUCAUAAGAAAGGCUACACAGACAUUGAUGAUGUCUUAUUUUGUUUUAUUUAGCAACAGCUGGGAAAAAAUGCAUCAGUUUAACUUUAUUAUUUACAGUGCUAAAGAUUUUCAUCAAACUUUAACCCACUCUGACAAAUGCACUAAGGGUGUUGCUUUAAAGGCAGGGCUGCAUAGAAAAAUAUAUUAACAGAUAGCAACCUGCUGCGUCUUUCCAUUUUUCCUGCACAUUUUUUUUCUUUUUGCCAUAGAUAGCAUUUUUUAUGUGUUACAUUUUUAGUAGAAACGUUGCCAGUGUGUCACUGGUCUUAAGCUGUAGAUUUGUUUUCAUGAUUUUAGUUACCUUGGUGCGGGCCUCCUGCACUUAGUGUACAUAUUUCUACAAGCAUGUAUUCUAGAACAGUACAAAUAAUUCCAAAUUAAGUCUUUAUGUACUGACCCCCCACACCACCUCCAUUUUUUCUAUAAUCUUUAUUAUUAUUUUUUUUAUCGAUACCUCUUGCUCUACCAGGCCCCAUGACUUGUCACAUUAUGUGGAAACUUAAAUCAUGAGAAACAGUUACCUCCCAAAUGUUUUUGCUGCUUUGGAACAACAGGCAGCACUCUGCCCAAGUGUACACUGCCUUUGGGUUUCUGUGUCCCAGCCAUACAGUUCCACAUAUUUUUGCAAUAAAGUCUUGCUGUCGUAGUUGUGACCAGUUGCAGUUAGAGUGAAGUUAGUAGAUCCAACUUAAUUGUCUUUAGCAGAACAGUAGUUUUAACCACCUCAAAAAUGUCUGUGGUUAUCAUUCUGAAUGUCCUCAGUUGUGCUGGCAGAUUGUUUUCUACCCAGGUCUGCUGUCGUUAUAGCAAAAUAUAAAACUUGCAGUGUUUUUCCCUGCAGUAUUUUAUGCCCAGUGAUUUAAUUUCAUAAAUACUUUAAAUUAUUUUUUAGUUUUCAUUGUUAUUUUCAUAAAGAAUUAAUCUCUGAAAUGUACGCUUAGCUAAAUUUCAGUUGACUUACCUUUAUUUAUUUAUUGAAAAUACCUGUGAUUCAUAAUGUGGAAUUUGUCAGAUGGGGCUGUUAUAUUUUCACUGGGCAGGUAGGCUGAUCCAGAGUUGUUUUUUUUUCUCCAGUUUAUAAAGCACAGUUGCAGCAAUUAGCAUCUUUAAACAACUGGCAUAGAUUUAGCAACUAUAGAAAUGUGGUGGAAGUACAUAUAAUUUAAAUGGCUUCUGGAUGUUUUAAGUAGGAAACAUUUCACAUGGUAACUGCAGCUUUUAAUAGCAGUUGCAAUAUGGUAAGAAAGCAGUGUGUGCGAGUCUUAUAUUACUGCCACCCCUGCAGGAGGAUCCUUUACUUCACUGCAUUUUUAGUGCUGUGACCACAGAUAUUUCUUUUUUAAUGUUUCAUUGUACUAGAAAAGGUAACAUACUUAUAGGGCUAUUGUGCUACCAUUUUGGAACCCCAAAAUAGGGACAUGCCUUACUGAAGCAUUUUACUUUUUUAGAGAAUAGUAAGUAAUUUGAGCACCAGUCGUUUUUAAGUUUGUCCAGAGUUGAGAAUCACUUUCAGAAUCUGAGUUUUAUGUCAUCAUCUUAAGAAAACCGUAGGGAAUUAUUCAUGCUUUCCUGCAAGACAGAGCUGCUCUUAGCAAGGUACUACUAAUUAAAAAAAAAAAAAAUAGUACAGACUGCAGUCCCGCUACUAAGAAAGUGAAGUAUUACUUCUAACUGAAAUUCACAACUGCAACUGUCUAUUAGAUCUGAUUUGAAAAUCUAGAUUAGAUCUGAUUUGAAAAUCUAGAGCACAGAUUUUGUAAAUUGGUGAGCACAUGAGUGUCUGAAAAGAAGCUGGGAGGAGAGGCUAAAGCAGUCAUAAUGUUGAGAAAACAAAAAAAAAAUGCAUGAACAGAAGAAGCUAUGGUAGGUGGAUACAGAGUAAACAGCGGAAACAAGGCAUUCUGUUUUAAGUGGAAAAUGGAGACAGCUUCACUGGCACAGUGGAAUAAAGCAAUAAACUGUGACCCGGGUGAUAAGCCCAGGUGGAGAGGUUGGGGGAAGUGUAUGUCUAGGCACGUGCUUCUUAGUGGAAUGGACAUUGGGAGACUGGAUAUCACGCAAACGUUUUGUCUACCAGAGGACAGGGCUACAAUUACAUUGCAUGUGAAGCUGUGACUAUCAUUCGCAAGGCUAGUUACAUGCCAACCCUUGAAUGCUAGGGAGAUGUGCACAGGACUUGUAGAGCUAAAUAGAAAAAAAUUAUUACAGUCUGAAUGAUGUUUCCUGUGAGUAUCUGUUACCCAGUGGGAACUAGGGGGACUAGUUUGAUAGCAGAGAACUUGAUGGUCAGCAGGAAAUGAGUGAAACAAAAAUUGGAUGUGGAAGUUGGGCUUCUACUGCAGCUCCAUAUUGUAAUUGCAUUUUUCUUUUUUUAUUUAGUGCCAAUAAUUGUGAAAUUGAGCUACUUUGAAUUCCCUUUUUUGCAGUGGCAAGCCUCCCUGCAUACCUUGUCUUGAGGCUUUCCUCCACAUCCUUUAAAUACUGUAUACUAACUCUGAGGGUGCUGCUUCUUGGAGGAAGGGGCAGACACACAGUUGUACAAAACAUGAAUUUCUAAGUUGUAUGCAUUUGCCAGAAGGUUCGCAAUUACACCCUUGAGCCAGCUGCUGAAUAUAUCUACCACUGAAUGUAUUAACUGAGUAAAAGGCAACUUAGAUGCUUGCUCACAAGCUUGCACCAUUCAGUACUGGGUGACAGCUGCUGUCAUUUGAAUUAGACAGAACCAAGGUGUAAGAAAAAAAAUGAAAUAAAAUGUGGGGUUAGGACAAGGGACGCAGUUGUAAGGGUGUAUAUGAACUAAAUGGAGGCUGCAAAAACUGUCAUCCGUGUUCCUAGCAUUAACCUUUAUGUGGGCAUAUAUUAAGAAGACCGUAGUGGAUCCUUACGGUGUUGCCUGCUGUUUACAUCUGCAGUUUUGUGCAUUUAAUUUGUCAGCUGCACUGGAGUUUUGAGGAGAGAACUACUUUUAUUUCAUUAUUUAAAAAGGAAAAAAAAACUGCUGUAUUACUUUGUAUUGGUUGAAUUGCAUUUUUCUGCAGGGAAAACUGAAACUGCACCUUACUGGGUUCCUCACAUUUCUCUUUGAAGUGCUGAAAUGAUGUUGAAAUUGGUCUUAUGCUUGCAGCUUCUUGCUGUUUUAUCAUAGCUAAAAUGUCUGAGAUAGCAGAAUAUACUGUAAUGCAGUAGUGUUCUCACACACUGGAAUCUGACCUCAGGAAUUUGGUUGCUACAAAUAUGGAUUGUUGAAAUCGUAGUGAAAAUUGUAAUAGUGAACUGGGCUUGGGGACGUUAAACAGCUCAUGGGGUUGUUACUGACUGCACAAAUUCGUCUGCUAGCACUUAACCUGUAACCUCUACUGAUCAUAAUUACACAUUGCUGAUCAUCAGCAAAGGCAGCAUCUCUUUUUAUUUUAUUUUUUUUUUAUAUAGAAAUGUUAAGAGUAUAUAUUAUAUAUAAAUGUUUAUUUCCUCAAAUGAGUCAGUUUCUUGUCAGGCUUCUGCCUCAUUAUAUCACCUGCCUUGAGAAACCAAAAAUGCCACUAAAUGUAUUUUUGUUCAACUAUACAAAUAAAGCUUGACUGAUUACUCAGA